CGUUGGCAUAGCACUACCGAGAGGCCGGCACCGCGCGACAGUCAAAUGAUAAUGGGAUUUCGCGGAUCAAAGAAAAGCAGAGCGUAGAAGAAGAGAGUAAACGCCGUGAAAAAUGAAAUCGCCCAGCACAAUCAGCAAGUCCGUGAAGUUUGGGCUACACUUCGCUGGUAUUUGGCCCGGCACGCCGUACCCGGGUGUACACAAAGCAUUCUGGGUGAUAGCCAUGGUGCUGUUGCAAACUUAUCAAUACGAGUACGUAAUAACGCGGCUCAGGACUGAGAGUCUUAUGAUACUGAUCGACAGCGUGACUAUCGCCAUCCCGUUCACUUUGGUGUGUAUUAAAUUAAUCGUGGCUUGGAUAAAUCAUAGCGUGCUACGUGAAAUAUUGUCAACCAUGGAAUAUGAUUGCAAGAAAUAUGCUGUUAUCGAUACGAAGAACGUGAUGUCGAAAACAGCGAUACUCUCGUUCCGUUUGACGAGCCUAGUGGCUUCCUGCUACUUGAUGUCCACGGCGUUUUACACGAUCGGCACGUUCGCAGCUCAGCAAGCCAACGAUUCGACGUCGCGGCAGCUACUUUUCAAGAUGAAUUUGCCCUUCGACGCCCACGAGUCACCUGCUUACGAGCUCGUGAUGACCGCACAGAUUCUUCAUCUAGCCACAUCGGCGAUCACGUUUGGCAUUUUCAGUUCUCUCCUCUUGAUGGUGACACUUCAUGUAGGGUGUCACAUCGAUAUAUUGUGCCAGAAAAUGAUGGAUUCAUUCGAUACGUUGGGCAACGAGCAAAUACGAUUCUUCAUCAACAGGCAGCAAGAAAUUAUCAUAUUCGUGGAGAAGGUCGAACGCCUCUUUACCUACAUAGCCCUUAGUCAGCUUCUGUCGAAUACGGUCGUAACAUGCUGUUUGGGUUAUCUUAUAGUAAUAUCGGUGACAGCUGAAAAUGGACUUCCCAUGCUACUGAAAUCUAUUAUGUUUUACAACGUGGUUUGUUUAGAAGUAUUUAUAUACUGCUUCGUUGGAGAGUUCCUCGACAUUAAGAGUAAAAUGAUUGCCAAGGUGGCAUAUGAAAUACCAUGGUACAACUUACAGCCUUCUGUGAGUCGGCAGGUAGUGCUGUUAAUAUUAAGAGCUCAGAGGGGUCUACCACUUACUUUUGGGAAAUUCUCGAAUCUCAAUUUGGAAAGUUUUACCAGUAUCAUGAAGGCAUCAGCAUCUUACAUGUCAGUUCUCCUUGCGAUAAAAAUGAGGACGAAGAAAGGAGUAUCAGGUGGCAUGAAACUGCCGAAUACAGUUAGCAAGUCUGUCAAGUACGGGCUUCAUUUCGUCGGUAUUUGGCCAGGCACAUUGUUCCCAGGUGUGCAUAAAUUUUUCUGGAUUUUGACUGUGGGUCUCUGCCAAGGAUAUCAGUACAAGUAUGUGCUCACUCAUAUCAAAACUAACAGCCUUAUGGAAACAAUGGACUCUUUGAGUAUUACUUUGCCGUACACUGUUCUGGGUAUUAAAUUAAUGAUUGCUUGGGUGAAUCAUGGUUUGCUAUGUGAAAUCUUAACAACCAUGGAGGAAGAUUGCGUGAAAUAUGCCGCCAUUGAUAGCAAUAAGAUCAUACCCAAAACGUCGGAUCUUUCGUAUCGUGUAACGACCUCGAUCGCUUUCGUGUAUUUGGUAGCAGCGACUACAUAUUCAGCCGGUGCCCUAUCGAUACCACGAUACAACGAUUCGUUGGAUCGACAGCUUAUCUUGAAUAUGGAUUUACCGUUCGACACCAAUGAAUCUCCUGCUUACGAGCUUGUUGUGACUGCACAAGUUAUUCAUCAAGUGGCAGCAGCAUACACGUUUGGCAUCUUUGGUGCUCUGCUCACGAUGAUGAUACUUCACAUAGGAUGUCUCGUUGAUAUAUUAUGCCAUAUACUAACGAAUAUAUCUUCUAAAGACGAAGGACAAGUACGAUUCGUUGCAAUGCGGCAUCAAGAAAUCAUCAUGUUUGCAGAAAGAAUUGAGAAAUUUUUUACCUACAUAUCUCUUUUUCAACUUUUUGCGAACACUUUAACGACAUGCUGUUUGGGAUUUAUCAUUAUAGCUGUAAGUUAUGCUAAUAGUAGCCGUAUCAUACUCAUCAAGUGUUGUUGGUUCUACAUGGUACUUUGUUUAGAGAUAUUCAUAUAUUGCUUCGCUGGAGAAUACCUCAGUGCUAAGAGCGAUAGGAUGCUUGAUGCAGCAUACCAAGUUACCUGGUACGAUUUGCAGCCUACAAUCAGUCGACAAUUGGUGCUUCUAAUUUUAAGAUCCCAGAAGGGAAUGCCGUUAACUUUCGGAAAGUUUUCAACACUGAAUUUGGAAAACUUUACUGGCAUAAUGAAAGCGUCAGCAUCUUACAUGUCAGUACUUCUUGCGAUGUCGUAA